AUGGGUUGUGCAUCAGCAGUUAAUCGCAGAGAUGAUGAUGACUCGAAGCGUAUCAUUCGCAUCGACUUGCAGACAAUAAAGUCUACCUCCACGCCUAAAAAUGAAAUAAACCUAAUGAAGUUGACAGAACAGCUGCUUAAAGUUCUGGAAGCACUUUGUGAUGAGGACCGAUCAAAGUUUGAAAAAUUUGAAGAACUGAUUAUUAAUAACACAAUAAAGUUGGAGCGGAAGUAGGAUGAGGUAACUUACUUGAUCAAUACAGCUAAAGAACAAAUCUAAGUUUUCUAGGACAAUGGGUAGAUCAUUAAUCUGUGCUAUGAUUUAGUCUAACACUUGGCUAAAAUGCUUGAGUUAAAUCAAAAGACCUUUUCUGAAAAAGAUGAAUGGUAUUACCGCUAUUCAUAUGUACUCAUCUAUGAAAUAUCAGAGUUCAAAGGAAUACUUGGCUACAUUCUAGAAAACUAGCAACUUAAGCUGCAAUAUGCCAAGAAAUCGGAAACUGGUAUUAGUUGGGGGUAUUCAGUAUUUCUAAUGCAUCAGCAGUUAGACUAUGAUAAUGUAUUAGCUGCUAAAGUGCUGUUUAAUCUGAUGCAGAGACUGAAGCAGCAUUUCAGAGAGAAUAAAAAUUUCAUGAAUGCUUUUCAAAAUGAUAAACCCUCAUCCUAUCAUGCAGAGCAUUACUUCAAAAGUGUAUUAAGUUACAGUUCGAUAGAAAAACUAAUUACUGACAAUGAUGUUAAAAAGGAUGACAGGAGAAAUAACUACAACUUAUAUUUGUAGAACUAGGUAUUUAGGAAGACAUACGUGAGUGUAAAAAAGCAAAUGGAUGACUGGCUCAGAAAAGUCUAUCACAUGGAUAUUGGGGUGCCUGACCUUUAACUAUAUAGAUCAGUCAAAGCCUUCACCAGAAGUUAUUUGAGAGACUUGAAGAAUCCUAUUCAGAAAUCAACAACAGGGGAAUACAGCAAGCCUCUGCUGGAUGUGUCUGGCCUUCCAACAUUUGAAGUCGAAAAUAGCAACAAUAUAAUGGUUAUUGUAGGAAAUGACCAAGAUACUAAGGUUGUAGUUGAGUCGUUUCUAUAAGCUAAUGUCAAGACAAGAACAAAGUAUAAAUGCUGUGUGCUUCAUCACUGCAUUCGCGAAAACAAAAUGACUCAUGAUCCUUACUACAUAGUGAAGAACAUCAUAUUUUCAAUUCUAAGAACAGUAACUCCGCUAAAAAACUACAUGAAACUGCAGGAGCAUAAUUUUAUCAAGGAAAUGGUGUAGAAAUAUGACUAAGACAGACUCGAUCUUCAGAAAGAUUACCCUGAGCUAUUCAUUAAAUUCCUCAAAGUCCUAAAGGAACUACGUUUGGAUUACAACAUUGGAGUAUUUAUUACAGGUAUUGAAAAUCUAUUCGAUCAGAACAAACUGGAUAACUUCAUUUAUUUAUUGCGAUCUGCCUCUAUUUACUUUCCUAAUUUUAUGAAAUUCGUCCUGACUCUAGAGUAAAGACCUAAAAAAGAUGAAAGAAUUUCUAAAAUUCUUAAAAUACUUGAAACUCAAACUAUUGUUAAGAUCAAUGAUCAGGAAGUGUUCACCCAUGAGGGUAAAAGCUACCUUGAUUUUGCAUUUAGUUUCGGUAUGGGUCCUUAGGCUUUGUCAAAAGUCACAUCUACUGAGGAAAUUAGAAAAACUACAAGAAAUGAGGAAGAUGAAGAAAUUAAAGAUUAGAUAACUAAUCCAAGCCAAAAAGAUAACAUAGAGUUAUGCUUGAAGCAGUGUGAAGGGAGCUAUAGAAGAGGGAUUGAGAUGAUUAAUUCCAUUUAUAAGAAAAACUUAAAUCCCAAAGAUUAGAUUUAAAUUAAGGAAUUCAUCACUAAUUUUGUAUCAGAAGAAGGGAACUAUCAGAAAGGUGUUGCUUAAGCUCUUGAAUAUAAUAAAGAACUAGCGAUUGAAGUGUUGAAUGGGCUAGUGUAGUUAUUGGGACCCAUUCAUAUAUAGACAUUCUUAUCAACUCUUUCACAUUAGCUCUAGGAUGAAACUAUUCACGAUCAAUUCAAACAAAUCUUGACAUUGAUUGCUCAAGGAGAUAUGCUGGUUUUGAUGAACUCCUAACUAAUAAAAAUAAACUCCUAAGUAGCCAUUGAGGAGAUAAUAAGCAACCCUAAGACUAUAAUGGUCUUAAAACGUAAAACCUUAUUCAAAUAGGUGUGCAUAGGUAACUUCCAAAUCAAAUUUGAAAAGAACUACUUUCAUGACAAGCUAUACAGCUACCAUACAACUACAUUUGAAAAUGGGGAUAUUGAAAAUGAGUUCGAGGACUUAGACUCUUACUUUAGAAUUUACAUCUUCAAACAUUUAGGGAAAUCGCCUUAGUUCAGAAGUAAGUUAGCAGAACUCACUGAUAGUUAGUUCAUUGACAGAGAGGAAAAGCAGUAAUUGAUAUAGUUCUCUAAUAUACUCUACUUGAUUGAAUAAACCAUAAAGAAUGAGCCAUUGAACUUCUUAGACUUCUGCACUUAACUUAGGGGCAGAAUCCUUGGAGAAACUCUCAAUGAAUUUUUAACUGACUUGAGACUAGAUAUCACAAGUGAAAACAUUUGCUAUUUCAAGAACUUCCAUCAUGCUCUUCGAGAAAAUCCCAGAAUAGAUACUAUCAUUAAGAUUCCAAGGUGUACUGUGCUAAAAAUAAAGUUCUUUAUGGACAAGAAGAGGGUUUUGAUGUCUUUAUCGAAUGGACUCAUGAUUAUCUAUAACAUCAUUGACUACAAUAUCUAGAGGGUGUUUGUAAACAAAAUGUCCAUCAUAGACCUGAUUAAGAUAGUUGAGGAUAAGUAUAUUAUUACUGCAGGUAUUGAUCCCAAAAUCCGAAUCCUUAAUCUGGAAAAUGAAAAGACUAUAAGUGAGUUUGAAGCACACUCCUACUCCACACUUCUAAUGGCGUGUCACAAAGAAUGCAUAUUCAGCUAUGGCUACGAUAUGAAGUUAAUGAAGUAUAAAUUCAAAGAAAAGAAGCUGGAAAGUUCACUUAGCAUGGAAAGCCCUGUCACUGCUAUGAAGUUAAUUAGAACACUCGAGGAAUACAAUAAACAUAAACUAGCAGUGGGAUUGAUUAGUGGACUCAUAACAUUAUACGACUUGAACUUGAAUCCUUUGAAGAGUAUUAGCAUAAAAGCAGUUAAUGAAGAGAUAAUCUAGUUAAUAAAUCUAUCAAACACUGAGUUCUUGUGUUUCACCAAAGAAGGAACAAUCAACAUCCUAAACAACAGCACUCUGGAGGAGUCUAAGAGCGGAAGCAUUUUCAACCUUAAGAGUGAGGACUAUAUCGAUCUGAUUCUCAUCAAGUCCAAAGAGUUCUUCUUGUUUACUCUUGAGAGGUAGAAGAUUGAGUUCUACAGUGCCACUACAUUCAAAAGAACUGACUCAUGGGAGUACUUCUUUGAAAGGGAUCUCAUUUGCUGCGAUAAAAACAAGGAGGGAUCCAAAAUAUUCGUCUCAGACAAGGCUGGAUUCACUGUGCUUUUCAAUUUUCUGAAGAACAUAGACCAGACUAAAGACAAUUUAGUCCCUUGCAAUAGAAGUAAACUUGUUUAUGUUUUAUCAUUAUUAAGGGAUAGAGAUUUGAGGAUAUGGAGAAGAGAUAACGGAGUGUUCAUAAAAAAAUACGAUUUAAGUUCUUUUACUGGCGAGAAUAUUACUGCUAUGAAGCUAGGCAAAGAUGAAAACAUGCUAUUCUUGGGCUCAAAAGACAUGAAUGUCUACCUCAUAGAUAUUGCAAAGGGAAAGCUCUGUGUGGUCUAUGAAGGUCAUUGGAACAGAGUGACUUCGAUUUACACCAUUCCUAACAAAGACAUAUUGAUAACAAUUAGUGAGAGCAACAUUAAGGUGUGGGACUUGGAGUACGAUGAGUGUAUAAAGAACAUGAAUGAGCAUAAUAGCUCUAUUGUUUAUAUCAAUCAAUCGCCAUAAGAUGAGGAACAAGUUAUGACCAUAGGCUAGUCAUUUGAGUUCAAAAUUUGGAACUAUGUUACAGGAGCAAUAUCACAGAGUCAUGAAAUAGAACUAAAUAAAGACAAGAAGCAACUAAAGAAUUUGAAUGUAGUUUGCUGUGAUGUUCAGUAAGAUAUGGCCUACAUCGCUUUGAAUACCAAUGAAAUUAGUGUGUACAGUAUAAAAGAUAAUAAAGUACUUUACUCCUUUAUUUCUUACAAUGAACAUGCUAACUACUUGAUUGUUGUUACAAGAACAGCUUGUGUGCUCUACAUGGUUCAAAAAGAUUAGGUUAAGCGACUUUGCUCCUAUCUGGUUAAUGCUAGAAAGAAGCCAAAGAAGAAGAAGCAUGAUAAUAAAUACUCCUAUAAUGUCAGAUAUUAUUUCACAUCUGCUAAGAUAACUCAUCUAAGCUCUAUAUAAAGUAAUAACGCCCAUGCUUAGCCGAAAAGAUUGCUAUCCAAAAAUAUUAACAUAACCUCAUCAGUGAAUGCUGGCUUUAUUGAUGGUGAGGCUACAGCUUAGUAAAAAGACCUUGGGGUAGGCAGAGAAGAUGAUGCCUAAACUCAGCAUUUUUUUGGAAGCAAUAUUCCGGGAAGUUAGACUGGCCUUGGAAUGGGCUAGCCUAAUGGAGGCAUGAAUGUUUAUAGUAAUACAAAGAUUGUAGACACUAUGGGCACCAGAAUUAAAGAUACCGUAGUACUUGUUUGCCUUGGCGAUAGCAGAGGCUUUGUUCAUAUGAAUCAUCUUAUUUUAAAGUGA